AUGGUAUUGGUAUCGACCGGACUUGUUAAGGCUUUGCCACAGGCGACCGCGAGCCGCCCAACUCCUAUUGUCUCUGGCGCUGACCGGCGAGUCACUCUUGUGAUUGAUGGACACGUGGGAAAGGAAGUACCGAUAAGCUCUGGGUUACCUCAGGGCUCUCCGGUGUCACCCAUUCUCUUUGUUCUAUACGUUCAUGGGCUAUCAAGAGCCAUUGAGAGGAGCGUGCCGGAGGUUCGAUGUCUAUCCUUUGUGGACGACCAAGGCCUAAUAACAGCCGCAAGCUCAGUGAAGGAGGCUUGUAGGACCCUUGAGAAAGCCGCGGAAGUAGCCAUCGAGUGGGGGGUGGCCAACGGGGUACAAUUUGAUCGCAAAAAGACUGAGGCCGCUUUCUUUUAUAGACGACACAGACGUCAAGUGGCUCAAAACAUAUCUCAAGCCCGGAUUAGGGUUGGAGGCGAAGACCCCUCUGGAGGAAUUGAGAGAACUGAACAAUGCGAGCUCCAAGGCUUCCCAGGCUCGAUCCGAGUACUUGACAAGGAAGAGGCCCUAACAGAGGCUAAUCAACAGCGUGCUGGAACAACGUUUUGGUCUGAUGGCUCCAGACUCGAUACAGGACGUGCAGGAGCCGGUGUCACUUUACAGGCUGUACCUAAAGGCCCCUGGGAACACGUAGAAGUGCCAAUGGGCCACGGACACGAGGUCUUUGACGCAGAACUAGUGGGAGUAGCCACAGCCCUUGAAUGGGCACUGGAGAGGCAACCUCUUGAUCCUAUCUGGGUGUUACUUGACGCACAGAAUGCUAUUGAUCGCCUCAGAUCGACAAGGCCAGGCCCUGGGCAAGCCCUUGUUCUUAGGGCUCACAGGGCAGUGGAGAAGCUAGCCAUGAGAGGUCAGCCAGUAACAAUACAAUGGGUUCCAGGCCACUCAGGAGUGGUAGGGAAUGAACAGGCUGAUCAAGCUGCUAAACGCGCAGCUAGUAAACAGACCGCACCUGGUUUUGAGCACCUGUCUCUAGCGUACGUUAAACGGGCUUGCAUGGAAGCAAGGAGAACUGCAGUAUCUGAAUGGGCUCGAAUCAACGCUGUACAAGGCAGGCAUAGAGAUGGACGUGUCUACAAGAUGCCUCGAGGCUGGAACCUUGACCCAGUGGCUGGAAAAGCCCCAAAAAGACUGGCUAGUCGGUACUACCAGCUGAAGACAGGACAUGCCCCAAUCGGCACCUAUCUACACCGGAUAGGCCGACGGGAAUCGCCUGAGUGUCAGGCUUGCAAGGAGCCUCAUGAGACAGUGAGGCAUGUGCUUUUUGAAUGCCGAGGACGCCGUACAGGACGGAGGGCUUUAUACCGAGCCCUUGAGAAAGCUGGAGUGCCGCUACCUACAGCGGCCGAGGAAAGUCCCGAGGCUAGGCUAUUUGCUGAGCCUAGAGCGACGCAGGGUUUGCUGCAAUUCAUGGCUGAAGCCAACCUGUUUAAUGAUAAUGAGCGGACAGCCAGAGAGGUUGAGUCUAGCGAUGCGUGGGGGUGGGAUACGUUGGAGGAAGCUGGCCCAGGUGUCACAUUGGAUGAUGAAUAG